UUAGAAUUAGCGGAGUUCCGUAAGGAAUGCGUUACCGAGCGGACGCGUUAUUUUGCUUACGAAAUAUAUAUAGAUUUACGGGCUUUAUUUAAUUCAGUGGUGCUCAUUAUUGUACGCGAUUAAAACCGGGAUCCCUUUUAAAGACACAUCGUGUCUUAUUGUACCUAUUUCAUAGUGUACUAACCCUUUUAUUAGUAGUUCGUUUCCUUUUAGGUUAGCCAGCCUCGUGGCUGAGCGCGCGUAUCGCAGAGGCAUGGCCUCUAGCGAAAAUUCAGACUUCCGAAUGGAUUUCUCCGAUGAGACGGAGGAGCAGAGAGCUGCAAGAAAUUUAUUGUAUUAUCAACAACAAUCGUCAAAAAAUGUUCGAUCGCGGACAAACUCAACAUCGUCCCUAGAUUCGGACAAAAAACAACAAACAACAAAAGACAAAAAACGUAAAUGUGAGAAUCAACCAGACCCAUUCAAACCGCCUCUUGACCCUAACACAGUGCGUGCAGAUCAAUCCGGUAAGAAGACAGGUAAAAAAGAAGUCAAACUCGUCAAAUACGAAAAUUCUAAUAAGGGAAAUUGCCCGGUUUUCUUACAGCGCGAUCCCAAAUCAAACGAUGCGUCGAAAGACCUGAAUCAUGUGUCAGUCGGUAAAAUCAUCCACAAUCUUUAUCCCGGUAAAGUUGUUGGAAUUUACCCAAGCGGUCGCGGAAAAGUCCGAGUUAUCAUGAAUGGUGGCAGAGCAGCCAACCAAAUUGUUUCUGAUCCGACUCUUAAAUCAAAAGGUCUAAUAGCUAUAAUCCCAUCGAGUUUCGUCACGUGUCAGGGAAUAAUUAACAAUAUCGGGCUAGACAUCUCCACGGAAGAGAUUUUAGAGAACGCGGAAAUUAUUGGUAACUACGGUAAGGAUUGUAAAAUUAUCAAUGCCCUGAGGUUUAACCGCAGAAAAAUUGACGAGAAAAACACAGUUACGUUUGAACCCUCUACCACCGUCCUUCUUACUUUUCAAGGAACUACCAUUCCAGAGCGUGUGUCAAUUUAUAAAGGUUCAUCUCCAGUACGCCCCUACAUUCCAGACCCACGCAUGUGCAUGAAUUGUCUGCGAUUUGGUCACAUAGCCAAACACUGUAGGUCAAAAACUCGAUGCCAACAAUGUGGCGGUUCAGCCCCCCACAAUGAUGAUACCAACCCUUGCACCAACGCGUCAGGCCCCCCAAGGUGUGCAAACUGUAACGGUCCACACAAACCUUCGUCAAAACAAUGUCCAGAGUUCACGUUUCAAAAAGAAGUUCGCUACUACGCAACUCAACAUAAAAUGUCCUUUGACGAAGCAAAGGAAAUCCUCAAACCAAAAAGAAACACUCGUCGCAUGGACGCUUUUAACUUCUCCGACUUUCCUGAUCUGGCAGAUCAACCUGCCCCUUCUUCAACCUUCACACAAAAUUCUAACCUCCAAAAACGUUUAUUCUCUCAAGCGACAACAGUUCACAACAACCAUUCUCAACAGACAACAAACAAAGCACCACACUCUCACACAAACCGAACACCAAAAAACUCUUCUUCUUCAACCUUCUUCGCUGCAAACUGGAACAAUGGCAGAUCCGAGAUCUCCAUGCCUAACGGUUUUGCUCUUUCGAAUCCUUCAUCUACCUCUCCUUCUCCUACCCCGACUCAAUCACACACACCUAACUCUGACACCCAGAUCGUAGAAUCACUCAAUUCUUUCCUCUCACUACUAAAAACACAUAUCACUCACAUUUCUUCCAACUCUUCACCAGAAAUUACGAAACAAAAUUUAGAAACUCUCUCUAACAUUACGACUAGCCUCCAUUCUUUGUUAGCUCUUCCAGCCCACAAAAAUGGCUAGUCUUUCCCAAUUAAAUCUUCUGCAAUGGAACUGUCGUGGUGUCUCUAACAAGACACCCGAAGUUCACAAACUUUCAAACAAAUUCGACAUUCUCCUCCUCUGCGAAACCUUCUUGAAGCCUGAAAAGC